AUUGCAACAGUGGUAAAGAACUCUUAUGGUAGAGGUCGCGAAUGAACGCUUAUUCAUACGUUAAGUAGAAUGUUACGAUCUUUUAGUAUUUCUCAUGUAAGGUUCGUAUCGAUCGAAAAUAGUUUACAACGAGUUAUUUGAACUAUUACGAAAUGUUUUGCGACUUCUGGCUACCGAAGAUACAUUUGAGCCAACGACGAAAUACUUCUUUUGUUAAUUGCGAUCAAAAUAAGACUAGAGAAAGAGGAUUAUUCUUGUAAAAAAUAGCUUACAUGAUUAUACGAGUGAACAAAGAUAAAUAAGAGAAGAAAGAAAGUGAAUUUGGACAAUAAAAGGCAUGCGACGAAAUCAGCCAUUAUUCGUUCAGGGUGCUGAUUUACACAAAAAUACAUUUAGGAUGUCCGAGGCUACAGAACAAGGAAAGGACCUAUGCAUUCAUACGGGAGUUGUAUUACGAAAUGCAAAUACAAAGGAAGAGGAAGUUCAAAGCUUAGGCACAUUAAAUAUUGUUGAAUAUAGUUUUGGAAAAUGUAUAGAAUGGAAGCCUAUAGAAGAUUCUGUAGUAUCAGAGAAUCCAGAUCAAGAUUCAGAAUGGUCCUUGGUAGAUACUCAUGUCAGACGUGCUCGUACUUCAUCAGAAGGACCAGAUUCUCUGGGACGUACAAGGACUGUUAGAAUUUCAUUUUCAGAUUUAAACUCCUUACGUAUAAAUCAUGGAGGACAACAGCUUAUAUUUAUGCAAAAGGAUGGUACCACCUAUGUUGCCUUUUUUCAGCUAUCUAAUGCUGAAAGUUUUCUAAACUCCUUAAAAGGAUUUAUUAACUUUGUAAAGUCCCGUACAAAUAGAAAUACAUUCAUUGUAGUAGAUGAAGUUCAAUCAGUACUAAGUAAAUCAUUUGCUGAAUUGGAUAUAUUCCAAGAAAAUACUUCAGAUUAUGUUUGGAAAUUUGUAAGAAAUUUACAUAACCGUCCAUAUGAAACAACGUUGGAAGCAUUUAGUAAACUGGCAGAUAUUUGUUUAUACAAAGAUCCAGUUAAAUCGUCAGAAGAAGCUUCAGAAUUUUUAACACAUGAUGUUCCUGCUCUACCAGCAUCUGUAAGUUCUGGAGACGAAUAUGAAGUAAUUGGGGAUCAUGAAUUUGAUGUAUUACCCCCAAGACCACAUUGUCCAAGAGGUAUGCCAUUGUCACAAGAACAGUGGAACAAAUUUAAGGACUCAGAAGGAAGAAUUUUAAAUCCUCAAGAAGUAAAAGAUAUCAUUUUUCAUGGGGGUAUUACACCAUCAUUACGUUUUGAAGUGUGGAAAUUUUUAUUAAAUUAUUAUCCGUGGAAUUCUACGCAUAUUGAAAGAUUAGAACUUAAAAAAAGAAAGACUGAUGAAUAUUUUGCGAUGAAAUUACAAUGGAGAUCUAUGACACUUGUACAAGAGAAUAAUUUCUCUGAUUACCGAGAUCGAAAGAAUUUGAUAGAAAAGGAUGUGAAUAGAACAGAUAGAACACAUCCGUAUUACUCGGGUGAUAACAAUCCUCAUUUAGCACAAUUAUCUGAUAUUUUAAUGACCUAUGUAAUGUAUAAUUUUGAUUUGGGAUAUGUGCAAGGUAUGAGUGAUCUUUUAAGUCCCAUUUUAUGUUUAAUGGAAAGUGAGGUUGAUGCGUUUUGGUGUUUUGUUGGUUUUAUGGAGAAAGUGAGUCCCAAUUUUGAAGUUGACCAAGCUGGGAUGAAAACUCAAUUGUGCCAAUUAUAUACUCUUUUGAGUACUACAGAUCCACAAUUAGCAUAUUACUUGAACAACCAUGAUUCAGGAAAUAUGUUUUUCUGCUUCCGUUGGCUUUUGGUACUGUUUAAAAGAGAAUUUAGUGCAGUUGAUAUAAUGAAAUUAUGGGAAGUGUUGUGGACUGAUCUACCAUGUAAAAAUUUUCAUCUUCUCAUAUGUGCAGCUAUUUUGAAUACAGAAAGAAAUGUUCUUAUGGAAAAUCAUUAUGGACUUACAGAAAUAUUGAAGCACAUAAAUGACCUUUCAAAUCAUAUUGAUUUGUCUUCGACAUUGUCUAAAGCAGAGGGUAUUUAUUGUCAACUAAUUUCGGCUGAGGACCAAUUGCCUGAUAAUAUUCGAGUAAUAAUUGGGCUUGAGGUCCAAAAUAAUGUGUUACCAGUUAUUGAUAUAGAAAACGAUAUAGAAGCUUCUGAUCAUAAUGCCGAAGCUGAUGAAAAUGAUAUAAAUACAGAAAAAAAUAGUAGUACAGAAAGCAUUCUAGGAUUUGACACAGUUACAUUUGACGUAAAGCGAUAUAAAUGAAUUCAUCGUACUUGUGAGAACAGGACCGUUGAUAAUAAUUUGAAGAACGUUGUGCAUCAAUAUGAACGUUGUUCAUCACACAGUCAAUUUUUUAAUAUUUAUUACUUUUAAAAAAUAAUAUUUGUAGUCACACUCUUCGAAAUGAACAUAUAUGCAUUGUUUGUUACAACCAAUGCUGCGAUGCCCUGUGGGCAGUCAACGAACUUUAUCUUGCGCAAAUGAUUUCGUAUUUUCUUUAUCAAACGAAUCAUUUCGAUCGAAAUGUGAUAUUAUGAUCCAUAUUUUAAUUAUCAAAGUUGAAAUUCUGCUGUGAAUUUACAAAGUUAUAGUGAAAAUAAUUGUUAGUAGCGUUGAAUUUUGAGAUAUUUAUAAAAUUCACUGUAAGUACGAAGAGAUUAUUUAAUAAAUAAGAGAUAGUUUCAUACAAGUACAUAUUUUGUAUCUAAAUGUUACUUUUGAUGCACAUAAAUCUAUAAGUCCGUGAACAGAAAUGAUUUACAGUGUAUUUUGACUUUUACUGAUGUUAAUGCUUGUGUCAUCUUCAUUUAAGUUCUGAAUAUGUCUUUCUCAAAUCUGUAUAAAAUCUUGCAACUAUCCUGUAUAUUUCUAAUAAAAAACGCCUGUUUAA